AUGGGACCCGCCUCCAGAUAUAGAAUUAUUUGCAUUACUAUGCAAGUAGUCCAGGAAAUGAUGUCUAACAUGAAGUCUAGGGAAGAUGAUCUACUAAGUGCUGUGUUGCCAUUGCUGAAACUUCUCUCCCUCACACUUAUAGGACUACUUCUUGCUCACCAAAAACACAAAUCAUUCCGAAGGCGACUUUCAAGCUACUCAGCAAGCUUGUAUUUGCCCUUUUCUUACCCUGCCUUAUCUUCAUUCACUUGGGUCAAUCCAUUACACUCAAGAACACCACCUCCAGAGUUCACCAGAUUUACCAUUAUCAUGACUGCAUUCGGCAAUACUGGAAAUCUCCCUCUUGCAAUUGUUGGUUCUGUUUGUCAUAGUAAGGAUAAUUUCUUUGGACCUGAUUGCCAUCGGAAAGGGGUGGCUUAUGUAUCUUUUGCCCAGUGGGUUGCUGUAAUUCUUGUUUAUACCCUUGUGUACCACAUGAUGGAGCCUCCAUUGGAAUAUUACGAGGUUGUUGAAGAAGAAGGAAUAGAGAUCAAGGAAAAACAGCAGGGUGAUAAUGUUAGUAAGCCUCUUCUUGUAGAAGCUGAAUGGCCAGGUAUUGAAGAUAAAGAAAAUGAACAUUCCAAGACACCAUUUAUUGCUAAGAUCUUUAAAAGCAUCUCAAAUGCUUCACAAACCACUAUUCCCGACAUUGAUCACUCUGCGGAUGGAAACAGUCCCGAGUCCAUUAGGUGUUUGGCCGAACCUAGGGUGUUCAGGAAGAUCAGAAUUAUUGCUGAACAGACUCCAUUGCAGCACAUACUUCAACCCCCAAUAAUUGCUUCUCUGUUAGCCAUCAUUGUUGGGAUGGUGCCGCAGAUAAAAGCUUUUGUCUUUGGUUAUGAUGCUCCAUUGUCUUUCGUCACUGACAGUUUAGAGAUUUUAGGGGGUGCCAUGGUUCCCUCCGUCAUGCUUAUUCUUGGAGGCAUGCUAGCUGAGGGCCCGAAUGAGUCUAACCUUGGGUUUCGGACUACAAUUGGUGUUAUUGUGGCAAGACAGUUGAUGCUGCCUUUAUUGGGGAUUGGAAUUGUGGCCUUGGCUGAUAAAUUGCAAUUUCUAGUUCAUGGCGAUCAGAUGUACAGAUUUGUGCUUUUGUUGCAGUACACGACGCCAAGUGCUAUCUUAUUGGGAGCAAUUGCCAGCUUGAGAGGUUAUGCGGCUAGCGAGUCCUCAGCACUUCUCUUCUGGCAGCAUUUGGUUGCACUGUUAUCUCUUUCCUUGUAUGUUUUCAUCUACUUUAAAUUGCUCUGA